CUGUGAUUCCAGGAACCCAAGUGCUCACCAACUUCAGCUGCUCCUUCAUUAAGCCCCACCACUGCUCAACCAACCACAGCUGUUCCAACUGUGACUCCAGGGAACCCAAGUGCAGCGCCAACUACAAGCAACCCCACAACAACUGUAUCUACUAGUACUGCAAAUGCUUCAUCUACCACAUUGGCUCCAUCAGGAAACACCAUGCUCCCAACUGCUGCAGGUCCACUGACAUCCAGUCCUACAGGAGGCUCUGGCACUUACCAGCCUACUCACUUGCUGAAGGGUGGUUCUACAUCUAGCCCCACGAGUUUGGUGUCCCCACGCCCCACACAAACGAGUACUGCGCCCGCCACAGCGAGCAGCCCUGCCCUUCAGACUGGCAAUCCUUCCAACCCGACUCCAACCACAAAUAGCCCAACCACCCCCCAGACGGCCAAGCCUUCUUCGCCUCCUCCAACAACACCAGCUCCCACAUCAACCCCCAAACCAACGCUCUCACCAACAGCAAUGAACACUCAGGUUGUGAAGGCCUACAAUGCGUGGGAUGUUUCCAAUUCAAUUGGUUUGACUACCGGUAUGUUGACCAGCGGGCCUGACAGACAAGGUCUCCACAAUGCGUAUGUACAGUUCGUCAAUGAAGUGGUGGCGGAGUUGACAACUAAUAGGAGAAGGCUGAAACUCUCGGAGCAACGACGGCGGUUGGUUUCCUAUGAUCCAUCGUCGGCUCUAGUUUACAAGGUUACCGAUACGCCAUGCCCGCCUUCCGCUGUGGAGAAGUCAACAUGCCACAAAGUGCAUGGUCGCUUCAACCUCCAUGUUCCUCCAGGGGAAGAUGCAAAUGAAGUAUAUGCUGCAUAUGUGAAUGCGACACAAGCUGCCAUUGAGGAGGGAAGACUUCAGAGGAAGCUGGAAAAAGUGGACGCUGGAUCAGCUUUCUUUGUUGAACGACCCUCAGAUCCGGAGGCAGCAUUAUCGUCAGUGUCAAGCCGAGCCAUUGUGGAUCCCAGCUUGCAAACUACUAAUGAGAGUAGUAACGGAAUUGGGCUGCUUGGUAUCAUUCUCAUUGCAGCGGGGUGUGCAGCUGUCUUAGUGAUUAUUAUUGCUGUGUCUACGAUCGUACCGAACAAGGAAAGGAAGAAGCCGAAUAAAAGCAAGCAGAAGUCGGAGGAUUUCUCAUCAACCGAGAUGGAGACACACCGUGGAAUAGACGGUCACGAAGAAAAGGACAUACAAGAUAACGAGUACUAUGAAGAAGUCCUGGCGCUCCUUCAGAAGAACUGUCCAGAUCAGGAAGAGAAUGUUGGCGCGUUGCUGAAGCAAUUCAAAUCUCGCGAAGAAGAAUUGAUCUUGACACUGCAAAACAUGGAGAAUGUUGCUGAUUAUGAUCCCAAUGAGGCCCUUGGUGAGGAUGAGGACUAUGACGACGACGACGAGAGCUCUUGGUCUGAUGGUGAAGAUAUAGUUGCUGAGACUAAUAGGGACAUAGAGGACGCAGCGUCGUUCGUUCCCCGGCAAACACCAGAAAAAGAGAGAAAUGAAUUGGAAGCCAUUUCAGGUGAUGAAAUUGAAGAAAGAGGUCAAGAGGCACAACUCGAGGACACACCAGACGACCACGUGCAGGCUGAAAGUGAGGCUGAAGAGGUAGAUCAAGCUCGUGGUCAUGAGGAAUCAUCAUCAGUCGAAGCGGAAGAUGACAUGACAGGUACAGGGAUGAUGUUAGCAUCUACGAAUGAACAAGAUGCAUUUGCAGACUCAAAGGAUGGAAGUGUUGGAAAAGUGCCUUUCUGUGGCGAAGUGGAGGGAGACAGUGAAGAGCCCUCAGAGGAGGAGAGCUUGACUGUAGAUUCAGGAGCGCCACUGAAUGAGAGUUUGGAAAAUUCUGCUGGCAUUGAGCAGGACACAGCCAGUCAAGAGGAGUCAGAUGUCCAAGCUGCGACUACUAUCAUAGACCAGGACACAGCCAGUCAAGAAGAAGCAUCAGAUGUGGAAGCUGCUAGCAUUGACCAGGAUGCAGCCAGUCAAGAUGCGCCAGAGGACGAAGCCGAAACUACUAUCAUCGACCAGAGCGCAGCCAGUAAAGAGGAAUCAUAUGUUGAUGCUGCAACUACUAGCAUUCACCAGGAUACAGCCAGUGGAGGGGCGUCAGAUGCCGAAGCUGGGAGUAUAAUUAUUGGUCAAGAGGCGCCGGAUGCCGAAGCUGGGAGUACAAGUUUUGAACAGGAUACCGCCCGCCAGGAGGUGCCAGAGGCAGAAACUGAAACUGUUAGUAUUGGCCAGGAGACGCCAGAUGUCAAAGCUGAAACUACGAGCAUUGAACAGGACACGCCCCGUCAAGAGGUGCCUGCGGUCGAAGCGGUUAUUGACCAAGACAAAGUCAGUCAGGACGCCCCUGAAAUUGAAGCUGAAACUUCUAGCAUGGAUGCAUCCAGUCAAGAGACACCUGUGGGUGAAGCUGAAACUACCAUUAUUGUCCAGGACGGAGUCAGUCAGGAUCCGCCCGCAGUCAAAGCAGAAACUACUAGCAUGGAUGCAUCCAGCCAGGAGGUGCAGGAGGUCCAUGAAAGGCAACAUGAUUUGGAAAACUUGGAAACAUGUACGAACGAACAAGAUCAAGUUACAAACGAUGACAUGGCAGAACGUGUACUAAGCGAAGGCAUGGAGGAUGCAGGAGGUGACGUUGCUGAGAUAGGCGCCACAACUGCAGUAAGCGCAGCUGUGGCAAGUGCCACGUUGGAUGAUAAAACCCAGGACACAAUCGAGCAAGGCGAUGAAACUGAUGAAUCCUUGGUGAUUGGUGUGCAAAUCCAGGAGGACGACGCAUCAAAGGACGUCCUUGGAGAUGCACAACAGUCCGAGUCAUUACCGGCUGCCAUGGGCGGUGCAAUUCCUACCGAGGCCAUUGUGGCAGAAGAGGACGAGUUUGAUUCAGAAGAUGAAUUCACGGACAACGAAGAAGAUGACGAGGCAGACUUUGUCGCGGAAGAAGAAGGAAUAGAACCGCAAACUACAAUGGAGCAACGAGGGCAACGAGAAAUCGAAGAGGAAUUCACUGGGGACGAAGGUGACGACUUUGAGGAAGAAGACGAUGAUGACGAAUACGCAAGACCCAACACUGUGUGGACGCAAAAUCCUGAUGGGUCUUGGGUGCAACACAAUCAGCAGGAAUCAGAAUCGGACGAGUCCGACUCGGAAUAUGAGAGUGACAGCGAUGAAACUGAAGAAGACGAAAAGAACAAGUCUUGGAUCAAGCGAGGUUCAGACUGGAUACGCGAUUUUGUCACAGAAGACGUCGUCGAAGACGGUGAAGACGACGAAGAGUGGGAGUCGGAUUGCGAAAGCGACGAAUCCGAAGAAGACGAUGAUAAUAAAGAUACUUCGCCGGGCAGACAAGAGAAGCCAUAGUGUUGGAUAAGCAACAAUCGCAGCAGUACUAGUAUUCCCAAUAGAUUCCGUGUUUCAUUUAUUUAAUCACUAUUAGCGGUUCGAAUGCGCAGACACAGUAGUCUACACGUAUUGUUCAAUGUGGACGCUGAGUAGAGCGGAUUCGAUUCAGAGACAAGGCCCAUGUACCGAUAGUGCUUUCUAGCUAGCUAGUUUCACUACGGCUGUGGCAAAGGUGAGUCCCAUGUCCCACAAAGAUGUUGUCUUACUGAAUCUGCUUCAUCUCGAUUUAUACGAUAGAAGAGGAUCCCAUGGUCAACCAAAUUUUUGAUUCUCUCCUACAGAUCCCGAAUAACUUGCUUGACCAAAUUUCAACAACCACU